GUCUUUUUGAGUCAAAAGCGCGAGCGGGACAUCUGGUUUUGUACAUACGGAAGCACUAGUAUCUUAUAGUCCGAUGAACGCAGAACUUCUCCGUGAUGAGAAAGAGCCUUUGCGGGAGGCAGAUUUAUCUUCUAAGGAUAUGGUGUGGGUUCCUCAUGAACGAGAAGCAUUUGUCGCUGCUAUUAAGCUUCAAGAACAAGGAGAAAACGUUGUAGUACAGCUCGUAGAGUCAGGAAAGAAAUGUACGUUUCCUAAGGAUUAUGUUCAAAGAAUGAACCCUGCAAAAUACGACAAGAUAAAGGAUAUGGCAAACCUAUCGUUUAUGAAUGAAGCAUCAGUCUUGAAUAACUUAAAGACGAGAUAUUAUUCAGGAAUGAUCUAUACAUACUCCGGAUUGUUUUGUGUGGUUGUUAACCCAUACAAACGAUUACCGAUCUAUGACGAAGAGAUAGUAGAGUGGUAUAAAGGAAAAAAGCGCCAUGAAAGACCACCACAUAUAUUCGCUAUUGCUGAUGGAGCUUACCGUAGCAUGCUUCAAGACCGUGAGGAUCAGUCGAUUUUGUGCACCGGUGAAUCAGGAUCUGGAAAGACCGAAAAUACGAAAAAGGUAAUACAAUACCUUGCAUGUGUUGCCACGUCUGCAAAACAUCAAAAAACAUCAGCCAAAAAUGUAAUGUCAAAGUUUAACACGAAAGAUUUCAGUAUUGGUGAACUUGAAGCACAACUUUUGAAGGCAAAUCCCAUUCUUGAAGCCUUUGGAAAUGCCAAAACAAUUAAAAAUGAUAAUUCUUCACGUUUUGGUAAAUUUAUUCGUAUUAAUUUUGACACAUCUGGAUUCAUUGCUGGAGCUAAUAUUGAAACAUAUCUUUUAGAGAAAGCUCGUGUUAUUCGUCAGGCAGUGGAUGAACGCAGCUUCCACAUAUUUUAUCAGCUUUUGGCAUCAGCUACUCCCGCAAUGCAACAACAACUAUUAUUAAAUCAUGCUAGUGCUUAUCGUUUCCUUUCAAAUGGUAUGAUCGAACUCCCGGGGAUCGAUGAGCAACAAUUUUUCCGUGAAACAACUGAAGCCAUGGAUAUAAUGGGAAUUAAUAACGAGGACCAAAAUGCCAUAUUCCGCGUGAUAUCUGCUGUACUUCAUCUAGGAAACUUAGAAUUUCGUCAGGAACGAAGUUCUGACCAAGCAACUUUACCAGAUCAUUCAGUCGCUGAAAAGGUAUCCCAUCUUCUGGGUAUCCCUCUGAAUGAAAUGGUCAAAGCGUUUUUGAAACCGCGCAUCAAAGUUGGGAAAGAUCUGGUAUCAAAAGCUCAAACCAAGACGCAAGUGGAAUUCGCUGUUGAAGCUAUUUCAAAAUCUAUCUACGAAAGGCUCUUUCUUUGGUUAGUCGCACGAAUAAAUAAAACACUUGACAAAACUAGACGACCGGGUGCAUCAUUUGUCGGGAUUCUCGAUAUAGCUGGUUUCGAAAUCUUCCAAGUGAAUUCUUUUGAACAGCUAUGCAUCAAUUAUACGAAUGAGAAACUCCAACAACUUUUUAACCAUACAAUGUUUAUCUUAGAACAAGAUGAGUAUACUCGUGAAGGCAUACCAUGGGAAUUUAUAGACUUUGGACUUGAUUUGCAACCGACAAUCGAUCUAAUUGAACGACCUAUGGGUAUCUUCGCCUUGUUGGAUGAAGAAUGCUUCUUCCCUAAGGGAACUGACAAGUCGUUUGUUGAAAAACUCAUCAAAUCUCAGGAUAAACAUCCAAAACUGUGUAAAACUGAAUUUCGAUCUAAUGCUGAUUUCGGUGUUAUUCACUAUGCUGGUCGAGUUGAAUAUAAUUCAAAUCAAUGGCUAAUGAAAAAUAUGGAUCCUCUCAACGAUAAUGUGGUCGCACUGCUUCAGGCAUCAAAUGAUCCAUUUGUUCAGGCUAUGUGGAAAGAUGCCGAAAUUGUAAGCAUGUCAGCCACUACUACGACCGACACCGCUUUCGGUUCUGCUCGUAGUGUUAGAAGGGGAAUGUUCCGUACUGUAAGUCAACUCUACAAAGAUUCACUUAUACGUUUGAUGACUGUAUUGAAAAAUACGUCUCCAAACUUUGUCCGUUGUAUCAUUCCAAAUCAUGAAAAAAAGCCAGGGCGAAUUGAUGGUCCUUUAGUUUUGGAACAACUUAGAUGUAAUGGUGUGCUGGAGGGCAUAAGGAUUUGUCGUCGUGGUUUCCCCUCGCGUAUCCUCUUCCAGGAAUUCAGGCAAAGAUAUGAAAUUUUAACUCCAAAUGUUAUCCCAAAGGGAUUUAUGGAUGGUCGUAAAGCCGUUACUGAGAUGUUGAAGGCUCUCGACUUAAGUCAAGACGUCUACUGCAUUGGUCAUAGUAAAAUAUUUUUCAAAGUUGGUGUUCUGGCUCAGUUAGAAGAAGACCGUGAUAUACACUUGACUAACUCAAUCAUUAAAUUCCAAGCAUAUGCUCGUGGUUAUCUAGCCCGACGAGCUAAGGAACAACGCAUACAAAACAUUCAAGCUAGCAAAAUAAUCCAAAGGAAUUGUGAUGCUUACCUUAAACUGAGAAAUUGGCCCUGGUGGCGUUUGUUUACAAAAGUUAGACCACUUCUUACUGUUACUCGCCAAGAAGAUUUGGUCGCUGUUAAAGAAGAAGAGCUUCGGAAGAUUCGUGAACAAAUGGAAAAAGUUGUCAGUGAGCUUAAUGAAAUGCAGAGAUCCUACGAAAAGUUAAGCAAUGAGAAAGUCCAGCUAAAUGCUGAAUUACAACAAGAACACGAUUCAAAUCAAAAUUUACAGACAGAGCGUGAUCGUCUACGCGAAAAAUUACAAACUUUAGAAGAAGACUAUAUGGAACUUGAGAAUAGAGAUAGUGAAGAAAAAUCAAAAUUACAUAACCUGGAAGCUGAACAAAAACGUCUGUUAGAACAGAUAUCAGAUUUAUCAGAUCAGUUAGAAUUGGAAGAACAACAACGCCAAAAAUUACAAGUUGAAAAGACAUCUAUCGAACAAAAAGUUUCUCAACUUAACGAUGGCUAUGUUAGCAUUGAAGAUAAAUAUAAUAAACUUGUUAAAGACAAAAAGCAGUUGACUGAUCGAAUAGAUUUGUUAACUAGUCAGUUAGCAGAAGAAGAAGAGCGUAGUAAACAAUUAACUAAACUUAAAAGUAAAUAUGAAAGUAACCUUAAUGAACUUCAGGAUAAACUUGUCCGUGAACAAAAAUCUCGUCAAGAUAUCGAAGUGGCAAAAAGACGACUUGAAACUGAGGCUUCCGAACGUCUAGAUCAAGCAUCGGAAUCGUCAAGGAUUGUUGAGGAGCUCCGAGCCACAGUGGCUAAACUUGAGGCAGAAGUUGCUCAAUUACAAAAUCGAUUAGAUGAAGAGAUUGUUGCCAAAGCUGUGGCACAAAAAUCAGUACGAGAAUAUAAAUCACAUAUUCAAGAACUCAAAGAAGACUUAGAAGCUGAACGAAUGGCUCGUGACAAAGCUGAUGAAGCUAAAAGAGAUCUGACGGAAGAAGUGGAGGCGAUGAGAUUAGAACUCAUUGACAGUGGAACAAACAGCGAGGCACAAACUCAAGCUCUCCGAAAAUAUGAAUCUGAUUUAUCCAACCUACGUCAUCAGCUUGAAGCUCAGUCAAACGCUCAUGAAGCUACUAUUCAAGAUAUGCGCAAAUCUCAUGCCGCAACUCUAGAAACAUUAAACGAUCAAAUUGAACAACUUAAAAAAAGUAAAGUUUCCUUAGAAAGAUCAAAAGUUCAACAAGAUUCAACAACUGAUGCAUUACAGAAACAAAUUCAAAGCCUUAAACAAGACAAAACGGAAAUUGACAAACGUCGUCGUCAAGUUGAACAGCAACUAAAUGAAAGUUUAGUAAAAAUGCAAGAAACAGAAAUGCAACGUAAUGAUUUAGAGUCCAGACUUACUAAAGCAUUGAAUGAAAUUGAAGGUUUGAAUAAUGCGAUGGAAGAAAUCGAAACUAAAUUAGGCAAGGUCUCGCGUUCUGAAACCUCUGCACAAUCUGAGCUCAAUCAUUUACGUGCACGUUUGGAAGAAGAAACUCAGGCAAAAUUAAGCUUACAGUUACAGUUACGUCAAGUAGAGGAUGAAAGAGAAACAGUAAAGGAUUCACUGGAUGCUGAAGAACAAGCCAAAACUGCCCUAGAGAAACAUAUUAUAGCACUUACUACUCAGAUGCAAGAUGCAAAGAAAAAAGUGGAGGAAGAUACACAUUACUUGGAAACCUUGGAAGAUGCACGUAAAAAACUUCAACGCGAAUUGGAUGAUACCCGGAAUCGUAAUGAAGAACUUGUUUCACAAGUUGAAAAGUUAGAAAAGUCACGGAAGAAAUUACAAAGUGAACUUGAAGAUAUGAAUCAUGUCAUGGCUAGUCAACGAUCUGAUCAAGCUAAUAAUGAACGUCGAAUCAAGAAAUUAGAAUCAACUCAUGCAGAAACUGUUAAUCAACUUAAUAGUUUUCAGGCUCAAAAAGAUGCAUUUUAUCAAGAAAUGCUUGAAAAAGACACAAAAUUAUUCACACAAAAGAAUGAAAUGGAAAAGCUUAAAGAACAGCUAGAAGAGUCAGAACGCCAGCGUUCAUUACUCGCUCGUGAAUUAGAAGAACUUGGUUCUCAUGGGGAUGAUGCUGGUAAGAGUUUAGUAGGGUUGGAACAAACGAACUAUCGUCUAAAUGAACGAUUAAAAGAAACUCAACAACAAAUAGAAGAACUAGAAGAUGAGAUUUCGACAUUUACCAUGGAGAAACAACGUGCAGAGGUUCAAAUGAAUGCUGUUCGCACUCAACUAGAACGAGAAUUGGCGUCUCGCGAUGACUUGCUCGAAGAACAAAGACGUCAAUCUCUUAAACGUAUAAGAGAACUUGAAACUGAAUUAGAAGAAGAACAAAGAGAACGUGCUAGUCAUCUUAAUGUUCGCAAAAAAUUGGAAACUGAUCUUGCAGAUAUUAGUCAACGUUUUGAAUUAGCGAAUCGACAAAAAGAAGAAGCUGUAAAACAAUUGAAAAAAUACCAAGGUGUUACUGGUGGCAUUCAGCGUGAACUUGAAGAUGCUGCCCGUGCUCGUGAUCAAGCUAUAGAUUCUGCACGAGAAUUGGACAAGAAAUAUCGUAUGCUGGAUGCAGAUAAAGCUCGACUUCAAGAAGAUUUAGGUGUAAGUGAAAGAACUUGUCGUAAUCUAAAGAGUGAUUUAAAUGAAGCUUUGGAGGAGUUAUCUAUUGCAAAUAAUGCCAAAACUUUAGCACUGGAAGAAAAGAAGCGUUUAGAAGCUCGUAUUACUGCUUUAGAGGAUCAACUGGAAGAAAUACAAAGUGCCAUGGAUGCUACAGAAGAGCGCCACAAACGAGUCUACUGUCAAAUGGAACAAGCUCAGACAGAUUUAAGCGUCGAGAAGAAUAACUUCCUACGUUCAGAGUGUCAGAGAGUCUCUCUUGAAAAACAGGUGAAAGAAUUACGCGAUAGGCUAGUUGAAGCUGAAAAAGAAGGAGGUCGUCGUGGUAAAGCUCAAAUUGCAACAUUAGAAGCUCGUUUGACAACCUUAGAUGAGCAACUAGAAGCAGAAAAACUAGAGAAGUUAAAUGCAAAUAAAAAUUUCCGCAGAGCUGAAAAGAAAUGCAAAGAUUUAAUCCUCCAAAAUGAUGAUUUGAGACGAUGUGCAGAAGCAUUGAAGGAAUCUUUUGAAAAAGCUCAAUCUUCAUGUAAACAAAAUAAACGAGAAAUAGCAGGUCUUGAAGAAGAGAACGCCAGAAUCAAUGCAAGAUGUCGCCGCCUCCAAAGAGAUUUGGAAGAAGUAAUGGAAGCUAAACGAACCAUUGAACGAGAUCUACAAAAUCUUCGUAAACUUAGUCGGUACGUCUGUUAUAUUUUUAAGUAUAUUUAUUUUAACAGUUUACUCAAUGUGACCCCAAGUAAUAAAAGCAGAAGAGGGUAAAAUUUUAAGAUAACGUUUUAUAAUAAUAAUACAGUAAAUGUAGAUUGACUUAAUUGACAAGUAGAAACGAGUUCAUCAUCAAGUUGAGUGGGUUUUUUGCCAAUUUAAAUAUAGAGAAAAAUUUCGCAGCUACACAAACGUUAUAUGUGAAUAAUAAUAUUUUUUUGUUGGUUGAAAAGAAGUGAUAAUCUGGAGGGGCGUAAACAACUGAUCGUUGACAGUAAUAAGAAAACACUAUCGCAUCAAGAAGAAAUAGAUAUUGGCUCUGGUAUGCUUUAUGUUUAUUCAAAUGGAAGAAUGAAAUUGUACACCAUUUAAGCAAUGUACAUACCUUGUUGUAUUUGUUUUUGUAUUGUACUCGUAGUAAACAAUUUUUCAUCUAAUAGCAUGAAAAGAAACAUGUACUCUAAAAGUAUAUAAACUUAUUCGAAUAGUUGAUGUGCUUCUAACAGAAAAUAAAGUAUAGAUUAUCUACUGUCAGGCUUUCAAUAAUUAAAAUAAGAAACAUUGGUUUCAUAGAAGAGUUCUCUUUUCAGCAAAUUCAUUUUCAAAGCUGUGCAAUCGCAAAUAUAUAGUAGUUUUAUUGUUGAGGGCUUGAAUACUCGUCAUGACGAUAGAUAGGAAAUGUUCAAACCCUUAACAAUAAAUCUAUUAUUAUUUUCCAUGAUAAAAACAAUGGUCUAAUACAUUUGCUUAUUCUACCUCGCUAUUAUCAUGUUUAACAGAAUUUUAUUAUCACUAUCAUUGUAAUUGUUUUCAUCUUGAAAAGUAAGUAUAUAUUUGCGAUUGCACAGCUUUGAAAAUGAAUUUGCUGAAAAGAGAACUCUGCUCUGAACCAAUCUUCAACAGGUAUAUUCUGUUUACUUUCAAUAGGUAUCUCAGAAGAAAUAAACGACAUACACCAGAAUAGGUGGGAAUGGGCGAAUAAUUAAAAAUAUUUGUAAAAGAUAUACAGAUAGAUAAUGGGCAGCACCAGUAACUGAAUAUUAUAACGGAAAAUAUAAUUAUCAUUAUUCUCACUGUUUGUGUAUACUGCAAAUAGUGACGUUAUAAAUUAAAAAGUAUGUAAUCGUAGUGAAAAGACCCUGACGAUUUUUAUUCAUCAUCGAAAGGAUGUGAACCGUUUGGAGAUAAUAUAACAGUGUCGGGUAUGAAAAACUCGUAGACACCAAAUGGCCUGUUAAAAAAAGUCUUAUUUCAAAAACAAAAAUGAAACAACACAUAACUGCGAGAACAAUUAUGGUGAAUUACAAUACCCGACAGUGAUGAUGGUCCUGAUCAAAGCCGCGAGAAGCAUAUAAAAUAUAAUUUUUCGUGAACACAACUGUUUUCCGGUUUACUCUUUCCUUAUCAUCUAGUUUGAUGCAUACACAUUUUUAGUGCUUGUUAUAUGGAAAAAGUACAAGCAAAACAUUUUUGAAGAAAAAACUGAAUUCACCUAAUUUGUGUUUUUGCGCUAGAAAAAUUGGAAGGGAAAGGGGGUCGGUGUGAUAGAGAGAAAAAAAGCAUUAUUUUAGCACUACACCCCAAUCAGUGUGAAAGGCGUAUGCAUAUGUGUAGUUAAACUUACCGAAUUUCAUCCCUUUCGAGAACUAAUAGUGAUUAUGUUGUAUGGUUGUUCAUAGGAUUUUUUCCGGCGGUACCAACACAUUCUCUCUGUCCUUUCUUACUACUGCAUACACAUACAUAAAUAGCAUCCUAUUAAAGUUUCUUCCGGUCAUCAAGACUAACUGAUUUGAUAUGUUUUUUAUUACCGAAGUACGACUCGUCCAAAUCGUCAAUUGCCGGCAGUACUUUCAACACUUUCACCUGAUGUUACAGUAGAUGAACAUAAUUCAGUGAAUGAAUUGGAUUCUAUGACUAGUGAUUUUGGAAGCAGUGGAUCCGUUGCUACUCACAACAAUAAUAAUAAUAAUGCUUCUACGCCUUCAGCUAAUGAAAAUUGAAUUUUUUUCUAUUAUCUACAAACUAUUAUUGUUAUUAUCACAAAAUAUCACUGGGAAAGUCUUGUUUUACUUUCCUAUUUUUAACCUAUUUUGGGCAACUCAUAGUACACAAAUAUGCUGUUACACAAUUUGCACGAACAGCUAUACACUUUAUCUAUGGUAUACUACUAUUAUGGCUGGUGUGUUAUUUUUCUCAUCACUACAUCACAAUUUCCAAAUCCAACCUGAGUUUACUCCGCGUACAUAUAUAUACGUUAAUGUGUAUGGCGGUUGUUCCAAUCCUCUAUUAACUAACAUUACAAGUAUUAUUAUCUUGAUAAUCAUGGUUGCUUUAUGUAUCGGAAGAAUUUUCAUUCCUUUACACUAAGGUGCGUCUCUAAAACUUCGAACCUUGGUGUUUUCAAACCUCCGAUUUUUUUAACAAAAUAGAAAUAAACUUUUUCUAACUUUGUUGGUUUUUUGAUGAUUCUGAUUGGAUUUUUAUAAAAAAAUUUUGCCCUUUGCUCCAUUUGUAAAUCAAUGUUAAAACUAACAACAUAUUUGUUAUUGCUUGUUUAAUUAUGAUAUAUAUUUCAGCCAUUAUCAGCAGUCAAAUACAUCAUUCUAAAUAUGGCACUUAUUACUUUUCUUAAGAUCUGUUCUUUCCUUUUUGUUCUAUAAAUAUUGCGUCCAACCGUCAACAGUUAGAAUUGUUGAAAUUUAUGCUAUCUGCCUGCCUUCUCUGCAAACAAAACUAAUUUAAAAUUGAUAUGAUGUUUUCUAUCUUGAGAUGCGUUUUUUUUUAAAAAUUAUACUUGCACAACCUA